AUGUCUGAGCGAAUACCCAACGACUUACGGAAUAGCAGAAAUGGGCUCCCAACCAAUUAUAUUGAACAGCGAUUGAGAUUUUUAGAGGAACAACUACACAUACAGCGAGAGCGUGAAUUAGAACUCCGCAGAGAAAACUGGCAACGAGUGAGAUUUUUACAGCGGGGAGGGGGGAUAGCCAGAGAAAAACGCCAGUUAGUGUCGGAAUAUUAUCGAAUCAAGCUCGACAGAGGCCGGCAUUCCAGGAAAUUUAAAGUGAAACAAAAUGUGUACAACGUUACUUUCAAAGAGCUUCCAGAUUCUUCCUUUAUUCGGCGAUUAUUCAAAGAUAUGCUCAAAAAUGUGAAACGGGAAAUGCAGUGCAACCCCAAUGAUUAUGUACGGCUCAACAUUCGACACCCGUCUUUGGAUUCCGAGAUUUGGGUCGAAUUUACCCAGUCUAAAAACCUCAACGAGGAUAAAAUUUUAAACAAAAUAGAAGCCGUACAGCAAUCUAAAAAAGAGUUCCUGAUGACAGACGGAGCCACACAGUUAGAUUUUUUUCAUGUCAAAUAUCCUCAAGGGAGUGGCGGCGGUAUGAAGAAAAAGCAUCUACAAGUCGAUAAAAAGAAAUUUAAGAUCUCCAAGAGAGCUAUCGUUCGUAUUAACAACCCCGAGGAUUUCCUGUGUCUACCCCGAGCUAUUGCCGUGGCACAGUUACACAGUCAAAAACCUGAGGUUCCGGACCCCGAAUGGGAGAAAAAAUGGUUAAAGAUGAGAAAAGGGGAUACACCAGCUCUCGACCAGAAACGACAGGCCUUAUCGCUCAUGGAACUCGCCGAGUGUGCAAACGACCAACCGUGUGGGCCUCAGGAAUGGGAGAAAUUACAUCAGGUCUUGGCUCCCGAGUAUCGCUUGAAAAUAUUUCAAUUUAAGACAAACACGCAGCGAUUACGAUUAGACCCCAUCUACAGAGGUCAGGGGAGCGGAAAAUGUUUGAACAUCCUGCUGGAUAACGAACAUUACGAUACCAUAACAUCGAUGCCGGGAGUGACGGAAAAUCCAUAUUAUUGUGAUUACUGUGAUAUUGGAUAUAGCCACAUCGAAGAGCACCGUACCGUCUGUCCUCACCGCUGUUCGUUUUGUUUAGCCGAUUCUCCCUGUACCCCGGAUGGCACCCGCACGGAAUGUGCUCAUUGUAAGGGAUUUUUUAGAAAUGCUGCGUGUUACCAGACCCACUUGAAACCUUACAGUAGCAAUACCGCGACAACCGUGUGUAAUUUAAUGGGACGUUGCGACCAGUGUCAGAAAUGGAUGUCUAAGCAAUUAUUAAAGGGACACGCGUGCGGCGGAAAAACACAAUGUCACAUCUGCAAGAAACUCGUCACCACCCCACAUUUCUGCUUCGUUCAAAAGAAACCCAAACGCAACAAGGAAUUGAAAAUGUACAUUUAUUUCGAUUUUGAAUGUACACAGGAAAACGGAAUUCACACCCCUAACCUCUGUGUGGCCGAACGCGUGUGUCAACAUUGCGACAGUUUAGACAUUGACAUGCGGUGUGAUCACUGUCAUGCGUUUGGCUCGCAACGCCGCUUCGUAUUUCAAGGCCCCGACACCUUAAAACAGUUUAUGGAAUGGUUGUUACAAUCCCAGACGGAUGAGAAGGGUAAUGUGAGCUUCAAACACGAUGAAACGACCGCCAUUGCGCACAAUUUCAAGGGAUACGAUGGGCAGUUCAUCUUGAACUAUCUGGUGCACACGGCCUGUAUCAAACCUGCAGUCAUUCUCAACGGCAGUAAAAUCUUGUGCAUGGGAGUGUUCGGCUUGAGAUUCAUCGAUUCGUACAAUUUCCUCCCCUUUGCCCUCGCCAAGAUGCCCUCUGCGUUUGGAUUAACAGAACUGAAAAAAGGCCGGGAAAGUAUUUUACGCCGUUGUUGUGCGCAAUUUAAGGCGACGCUCUACGGACUCGUCCGCGUCGACCCGUUUCAGGAAUCCAUCACUUUUGCUAGCACGGCUAAUUUAGCGUAUCGCCGAGGAUUCAUGGCACAGGACACCAUAGCCAUCAUACCCAAUAUGGGAUAUCAACCGUCGCGCCGCUACUCGGCCAAGGCCUGUCGCUGGCUCACCUCCCUGGACCGCAACAUACGUCAUGCUAAGAACGGGGGCGAAAUUAACAUAGGCCCUUAUACGGUGGACGGCUACGAGGAGGAAUCCCGCACCGUGUACGAAUUUUACGGCUGCUACUGGCACGGGUGCCCCACCUGUUAUCCGAAUCUGUUGACGGAAACCUACCCCCAUCGAGUCCAGCAGACGUAUCAAACCCUGUACGAGCAAACCUUGAAACGCGCCGCCGCCUUAGAGCAACAAGGAUAUACAGUCGUGAGCAUCUGGGAACACGAGUUUGAUCGACAAGUGAAAAACAAUCCAGAGUUACAAACAUUACUACGAGACCUCGAUAUUCAGGACCCCUUAAAUCCCCGCGAUGCCUUAUACGGAGGUCGUACCAAUGCUACUCGCCUGUAUUGCGAGGAGGGAGACAUGCGAUACGUCGAUGUGUGUUCUCUGUAUCCUUACGUGUUGAAAUACAGAACGUUUCCCAUCGAUCAUCCUCAAGUCAUCACCAGCGAUUUCAAGAAUGUGAGAGAGUACUUUGGUCUCAUUCGUUGUCGUGUCUUACCACCACGAGGUCUGUAUCACCCCGUCUUACCCUAUAAGACGGGAGGAAAAUUACUUUUCCCCUUAUGCCGAACCUGCGCCGAACAUCGCAACUUAGGACCCGACGAUCAAUGCAGUCACAGCGAUUCAGAACGCAGUCUGACUGGCACCUGGGUGACCGUAGAAGUACACAAAGCUCUAGAUCUCGGUUAUCGGCUCGACCGCAUCUAUGAAGUCUGGCAUUUUGAAAAGACCAGUCAGGACUUGUUUCGAUCUUACAUCGAUACUUUUUUAAAAAUUAAACAAGAAGCUUCCGGAUUUCCCGAUGAAUGUCAGACGCCCGAACAGAAACAAGACUACAUCGAUGAGAUCCGGCGCCGGGAAGGCAUCUUCAUGAAUCUAAUAGACAUCGAGAAAAACCCCGUCCGUAGAACCAUUGCCAAACUCUUUUUAAAUUGUCUCUGGGGAAAAUUUGCACAACGAUUACAACUACCACAAACACAGUAUUUAACCGAAGAAGAAGAAUUACAGAAAAAAUUACAAGAUGCCACUCUAGAAAUCAAAGGAGUCGAGCUGCUGGAAAAUCGAGAUCACCCCGAAACCGACAUGAUGCUGAUCAAUUAUCAGGAGAAAGAAGAAUUCCUAGAAGACUGUCCUUUCGGAAACGUAGUGCUGGCUUGUUUUACCACAGCGCAUGCUCGUUUACAUCUCUACGAGACGUUAGAACCUUUGGGGGAACGCGUCCUCUAUUUUGAUACGGAUAGUAUUAUCUAUCAACAUGACGAGACCCAAUUUAACCCUACCAUUGUCAACAGUUUAGGCGGCUGGACCGAUGAACUGAGUGGAGAUCUAUCAUCAACCUUAGCUAAGAAAAGAAAAAAGAAAGUUCCUAAGAAAGUUCCUAAGAAAGUUCCGAAACUCAUCAUUCACCGGAAGACCCACGAUCCUAAAACCAGUGUCCUGGCUCCUUAUCUCUUGCGCAUGGCUAAAUUUCCUAAGAAGAAGAAGACCCCUAAACUCAUCGUGAAAAUCCCUUUUUCGAAAUAUAUGACACCUCAAACAACCCCACCCAGGAAAACGAAGACUUUAGCAGAACUGAAACAAGGAUUAGCUGAAAAGAAAAUGGAACGAGCCAUGCGAGGACCCAUAGGAACUUCCAGAACCACCGAUACAGCCUUACCCAGUUUUGGUCAAGCCUUUGGGGGGGUGAUUCCUCUCACUCCCGCUCAGAAGCGACAACUUGGUCCGAAGAAGCACAUCUGA